UUCGCUCAUCACUACUGUCGACCUCUUUCAAACCUUAUACGUAGUCACCCAGUGACUUACAAUUCGACCAUCUUGAACAUUAAGAUAUUUUGCAUUGUGGCUGCAGUAGAGUAUUAAUAAUAGCUCAGUAACUGAUCACUAUGACUGGCUACCUAGUUACAGUCAGGUGAAGAGGUGAACACGUGUUUUAAGGGACACCUGCGUGCCACCCACCACCCCUUCUAAAUGCAGAAUACAACACUGUAUUUAGAGCAAAAUAUAGUUAUCUCUUUGAGCUUUAUUUUAGCAGCCUAUUGAGCUUCCUUGUGUAUUAUAAAUAUCCUUCUCAGAUUUUCUAAAAACUGUACUUUCUAAGAAAGUUGUUACACCCUGGCCGGAGUGCCUUUUCUGGAUAAACAGAAACAAAUGCAAAAUUUCUGGCAAGAGGUACCUAGUUUUCUCCAGAUAACGCCUGCCGGGUGUAUCCACUUACUCCUGUGACUAGGAAUUUUGUGCCUGCACACACCCUGAUCUGUAGGUAUGUAUAAAAGAGAGCCGCUUGGCAUAACUUUGAUGAAACCUGAGAGGAACCACUUUUACUGACAUGAUGAGAUCCAGCAUAGUCUUGGCUCUGCUGCUGACUGUCUCCAGUGCCUUGCCUCACCGACAGUCGAGGAAUCUUGCUCAGUUCAGCAAUAUAAUUAAAUGUGCGAUCCCUGGAAGCCAACCACUGCUUGAAUUUAAUGAUUAUGGCUGCUACUGUGGACUAGGGGGGUCUGGUACUCCUGUAGAUGAACUUGACAGAUGCUGUCAGAUUCAUGAUAACUGCUAUGACAAGGCCAGUCUCAUAAAUAACUGUGUUCCAGUCCUACAAAACCCAUACACAGAGACCUAUUCUUACACCUGCACUGACAAUAACAUGAUGUCCUGUAACAAGAAUAACAGCGAAUGUGACAUGCACAUCUGCAAAUGUGACAUGAAUGCUGCUCUCUGCUUCUCUCGGGCACCCUACAGUAAGAAACACAAGCACCUGGAAAAGGCCAAACACUGCCAGUAGUGGAGUACGAGCACUCGGUUUUACUUCUGCUACUCCAACUACCAACUCAAUGACCACGCAACUGCUAUGAAUUUUUGUAGCUGGAUUAUACUUUACUUAUAUAAAUCUGAUACUAGAUCAUUGCUGUUAAAUUUUUUUAAAUGUAAUAGAACAAUUAUAGCUUAUACCGUAUCUUUGAUGACUUGAUAUAUUAGGCCGAUGCCACACCAGGCGUAUGGCAUAUAUUUUCGGCAAGCUGAACAACGAUUGCCAAAAAUAUGCACCAUACACACCAUAUGCCCCUACCUGUGCCUGCAUCGGAAUGAAUGGAAUACGCUCUGCUGCCGGCACAUGUAGCCGAUAUCCGCAUAAAAACGUGAGAAUGCAAAGUCUUGCGUCUUUAUGCGUAUUUCAGCUAUACGUGCCUGCACUCGAGUCUAUUCCAUUCAUUCGGGUGCAGGCACAGGUAGGAGCGUAUGGUGCAUAUUUUCAUCAAUCGAUUUUCUGCUUGCUGAAAAUAUACGCCAUACGCUAUGUGUGGCAUUAACAUUAAAAAGAAGUUUAUAGAAUCCCUGAGCAGACUGGAAACCAUAAACUGUUUUGGAGGGCUGCAUUAAGCUGUACAGCUCAUAAGGUUGCCAGAACUCUAAGGUUAAAAGGCCAGGACUAGCAGUCUGGAAAUUUUGUCAACUAAAGAGGCUUCUGUAAGAUGCUAUAGACGGGUACUAUUUAUUGGUCUUGUAGGGGCUGUUUGGUAUUUUGUGUGUUUGUUUUUUAAAAUUUGGGGAAAAAAAUCAGUAGAAAUGUCUGUUUGGGAUAAAGUAAUUACUUGUUUACUGCCAACCAAUGUGACACAACAAAUGCAUUGCUUACAAAGAGAACUUUUUAUUAUCAAACUAGAGUGAUUUUUAUCUUAUUCUGAUAAUACUAAAAUAUGCAUUUCACCAGGUCAUAAGUGAAUAAAAAUAACUUGAUUCUGAA